CGGCACUCCAACUCCCGCGACUCGCCGUCGCCUUCUGCGGAACCCUAGCGACGCCGCCCCUGCUGCUCCCCGUGGCUUCCUUUGUCCCUGUAGCCAUCAUCAUCGCCGAGGAGACGAGUCGAGGGCCUCUUGCUCCCCGGCAUCCCCGCCCUUGCCGUCGUCAACCGAACUCGCGCCCGCCGCAUCGUCAGCAUCUGAGGAGACGAGCACCCGCCCUACGCCAGGUGCCCAGUUCCUCGUCGUGUCCUUCUCCAGCAACGACCACCCACCACCAGGCUCGAAGGGAAAUAUCAAAAGCUAAUCGUGCCAAGUUGGGGAUACAUCAUACCUCUGGAAGCAAGAGCUUUGCUGCUUAUAGGCAUGAAGUGUGUACAGCUAGGGAGACCUAUUCGAAGAGAUGAAGUCUAUAUCAGAACACAUACAAGGAAAACUAGAGUUCCAACCGAACAAGCAGUGCCAAUAAUUAACAAACUUAAAUCAAUUGAUGAAGCCCAUCCAGAGUUGACAGAAAGAUCAAUUCAACAAGGUGAUGUUCUUGCUGCUGCCUGUGGAGAAAAGGAGCCAAGAGGGCGUGUUCGGGCUUUGGGUCUAGGACCAACUCCCCAAGAUAUUGGUACCCCUUAUUUGAAGUGCUACAAGUCAACAAGACUACAAAUGGAAGUUUUAGCUCGUGAAAAGGUUGAGAGUGACAAAACUGCUCUUGAACAACGCAUACAAGAAUUGGAACAACAACUGCAGGAAAGAAGAAAUUUGGAAAUACGCUCACAGAACUGUUCUAACUCACGAAGCCAUGUGAGUCCAAGGUCUCAAGAACAUGUUGAUGAGGCACAAGCACAUGAUGGUCAAGCAUUUGAAGAUGAGGUUUUUCCAGAUAUUAAUGAUAACUCUGAACAAUCUGAUGAAGAAGAUUAUUUGCUUCUUCGUAGGCCUCCUGCUGCCCCAUCUACACAGCAUGGUAAUUUCCUAUCUACACAGCGUGAUGCUGCCUUAUCUGUGCGUGCUGCUGCCCUAUCUACACCUCUUGCUCCUGCUCCCGCCCUAUCUGAUCAACAUACUCCUGCCCUCUUUGAGCAUGCUGCUACCUUGUCUGCGUUGCAUGGCCGUGCCUUAACUGUGCAGCCUACUAUUGCCCCGUCGACGCAGCAUGAUGUUGACCUAUCCGCGCAGCCUGCUAGUGCCCCGUCCACGCAGCGUGCUACUGGCCUGUUCGCGCAGCGUCCUGUUGGCCUAUCCACGCAGCGUCCUGCUAGCCUGUCCACGUCCACGCAUCGUGCUGGUGGCCUGUCCACGCAACCUGCUCAAGCCCCAUCUUCGCAACGUGCUAGUGCCUCCUCUGUGCACAGUGUUGUGGGAGGAUCAAUGAAUCAACUUAAGGACUGUUGCACUACUAGUCCCCUGAAGAAUGCAGCCCCAACAAGGAAGAAUAAAAGCCCUCGUGUUUCACGUGAUGAUCUUGUAAUUUUCUCAAACUAAUGGUAUGUUGGUCUUGUAGCAGGGGAUGUCCACAAAAGUCACUGAAGCGGAUGGAACUAGGGUCAGCAUGAAGCAACCUGACCAUUUUGUGGUAGCAAGCAGAUCAAACAUUUUGUGAGGUGAAGAUGAAACAUCGAUGGAUCCAUUUUGCUUUGUAUUGGAUGCCACAACAUUUUGUAAAGAACUGCUUGGUCAUGGAUGCUAGUUCCUUUGGAUGAUUUUAGAUUUAACUUCAUGGACAUGUUAGCUAUGCUGUCAAGGGCAUGUUUGCUGUGUGGUGUGCAAGGCAGACUUGUGUUGUGAACAAGAUUAUUGUACCCAUGGUUGUUACAUGUGCCAUUUAUUUGGCUUGAAUGAAUA